AUGCAAUUUAUGAUAUGGAAUCCAUUCGAUUUGUCAGACAAGGAAGCUUCAGCCAGUGUACUUUCUUCACUCAAGACACCACAAAUAUUAAGUCCUUAUAGCUUAACACAAUUUGAUGCCAACCGUGAACGAGCAUUCACAUUUUUCUGGAAGAGACAUGUGUUUUUAAACGGAACCAUGAAAUGGCAAGUGGAUUUCCGAUCUGAAAUAGGAGUAGCAUCUAAUGCUUUUGGAACAAAUAAUAGUGCAACUGGUCUUAUUCAUCUUAAACCAGGAAGUUUUGAAGUGCUUACAACUCGUGAACAACCAUUCCUUCAACCCAUUUCCGUAUUUACCAUGUUUAUUAUUCUUGCAGCUGUUCUAUAUACUACCUACUACGCAUGUUUAGGUGGUAAAGGAAAAUAUCGGAACUACGGUCUUGCUCACAUUAUCACCAGAUAUUUCCCACAGAGACACAUUGAACGCACAAAUAGCCGUGCUUUAAAACCAACGGCUGAUGAUAUAUUAAAAAUAUACUUGGACGGUCUUAAUAAAGUAGAUUUUGAUGAUAAUUAA